CAAUUUAGAUCCGCAUUCGCUGAGGAGUAAACGCGUUCAUCUCUGUGAUUUUUAUUUUUUAAUUGGGCAUUGAUGGAUCCGAACCCAAUAACCCGACAAGUUUGGGAAAAGAAAUUUCUUCCUUCUAAUAAAAUACCAGAUGGGUUUUUCCCUUUUCUGAGCGUGGCCAUAAACCCUUGAGAGCACCGUCGCCUCCAGUCCUCUCUGAAGGUGCGGGCUUUUGCGCCCUAUCGGCCGCCGAAGUCGAUGUUCGUUUGCGACCCAUGGAUCCCUCUUUGAAUCGUUCGGCAGCAGAGGUCGAGGAAGAUGAGUGGGAUACUGAUGGAUUUGUUAUCCCAAGCUUGACUAUCGAGGAUUCAGAUUUUGCAAACACAAAUGUGCCUGCAGUAACAGAACCUAUACCUCACGAGACGGCAACCAAAGAAACUGAGAAAAUCUAUUUGGGACCUCAUGGUGCUCCUCCUCAAGCCAAACAGCAAGAAUCAAAUGCAACUGGCCAUAAGCAGCGGUCCAAACAUAAACUGAGGGAAGCAGACCAAAGGUGGCAUUCAGGAAUAGGGCGCGGCACGAAAACAAGAUAGAGACUUCAACAAUGGCAACGUGCCAAUUGGUUAGAUCCACGUUGCCAUGAUUCUCUGUUUGACAAGCAUUAGCAUCAUUAUUAUUAUUAUUAUUAGACUGGUUUUCUAAGACCAUCUACUGCAUCACCUAAGUGGUCACCUGCUGUUUAGCUGCAUGGGCUUUUAUCGUCAUUGUCGACACUGGAUCUUGGUUGUUAAAUUGAAAAGCAGAACUUUUGUUUGGUUUUCA